GCGAUCUCGUCUAGGCACGGCAGAGCCGAGCGACCAGAACAGUUCAGGAGCACCUCGACAGCCUCAGAGCGAACACACAAGCACAACACGAGAGCAGCCAUGAAGGUUCUGAUCGUCCUCGCCGCAGUCGUAGCGCUGGCCGCUGCCCGCCCCAGCUGGCUGGGCCUGGGCGGGUGGCCCUACCUGGGCGCGCCCCACGCCUCGGUGGCCAUAGCGCCGCCGCUGGCCGCCCCGCUGCCCGUCACCGACACCCCUGAGGUGGCGCAGGCCCGCGCCGAGCACCUGGCCGCCGUGGCCAAGGCUGCGGCCGCCCCCGCUGCACCAGCCGCCCCCGCCGCCGCCCCGCUGGUUGCCCCCGAGCCCGUCACCGACACCCCGGAGGUGGCGCUGGCAAGGGCCCAGCACCUCGCCGCGGUGGCGGGAGCCGCCGUCGCCCCCGGACUGUUGCACCCGGGUCUUCACGGGGGGUUCGCCUACUCCUCCGUGGCUCCCGCCUACCACGGCUACCCCGGCUGGGCCGCCGGCGGCUGGUGGUGAGCUACCCCGCUGGUCAACCACCUCUUCAAGUAACAACACCACUAUUACCACUGUGCAGAACCGGAGAUGAUCGCCUAAUAAAAAUAUAUAUUUUUUCAUACCGCUA